GGGGGCGUGGUCUCGGUGUAGUCCACUUCCUGCUUCUCUGCCCUAGUUUCCCCGACCAGCUUAUUUCCAGCAGCUGUUUUAUUCACCGAAAGACAAUAAUGUCUCAUCAAACGGGCAUCCAAGCGGGCAAUGAUGUUAAGAAAAUCUUUGCCAGUGCCAGGAACGGUGAUGAAUAUCGAGUCUUAAAGAUCAUCAUUGAGAAUGAGCAGCUGUCUGUGGGCACUGCCAAGAGGGCAUCAAAGCAGUGGGACCAGGAGUAUGAUUCCUUAGUGCUGCCUCUCCUUGAGGAUACAAUGCCUUGCUACAUUCUUUACCGGCUGGACUCAAGUAACAACCAGGGCCACGAGUGGAUCUUCCUGGCCUGGUCACCGGACAUUGCUAGCGUGCGAGAAAAAAUGUUGUAUGCUGCUACAAGGGCCACACUGAAGAAAGAGUUUGGAGGCGGCCACAUCAAGGAGGAGAUUUUCGGUACCACAAAGGAUGAUCUGAAUCUUAGUGGAUACAGGAAAUACAUGACCUCACAGGCGGCUCCCUUGCCCCUUACUGCGGCAGAGGAGGAACUGAGACAGAUUAAACUACAGGAGGUGCAGACGGACAUCGGUGUGGACACCAAGCAGCAGACUCUGCAGGGAGUGGCUUUCCCUCUUCACAGAGAUGCCGUUGCAGCACUCGAACGUUUUAGAGACAAGGAGAUUAAUUAUGUACAACUGGAGGUAGACUCUGAUCAUGAGCUGAUUCGGUUGUGCAACACUGAGCCGACAGAGCUGAGAGACCUGCCUAAGAGAAUCCCAGAGGAAUCUGCACGUUACCACUUCUUCCUUUACAAACAUUCCCAUGAAGGCGACUACUUGGAGUCCACAGUCUUCAUUUAUUCUAUGCCCGGGUACAAGUGUAGUAUCAGAGAGAGAAUGCUGUAUUCCAGCUGCAAAAAUCCUUUGGUUGACAUGGUGGAAAAUACUCUCAAUAUUGAGAUUGAGAAAAAGCUGGAGAUUGAUAAUGGUGACGAUCUGACCAGUGAUUUCAUGUAUGAGGAGGUGCAUCCCAAGCAGCAUGCACAUAAACAAAUCUUUGCCAAGCCCAGAGGCCCCACAGGGAAGAGAGGUGGCCGGCGUAUCACCCGACCACCUACUGAGGGAAAGGAGGAAGACUAAACACAGACCUCAGCUCUCGAUCACCACCGCCCUGCACAUGCUCCACAGUGGAACAUUCCUGCGAUGGGGGGGGGGAAUUCAUAUUUGACACACUUGUUUUAAAGAAUAAAGACAAAAUUACCCACACGUCACCCAGAGACCCAGCUAUGCACGCCAAGGAUAACUGAGCAAUGACACACACCAGACUUUCCAUUUGUAGCUUGCCAAAUGGAAGCAUACGGUAUUAAUGUAUGUUAAUGUGUUGACAAAGAUGACUUUACAGUGAUUCAAAGAGGCCCAACAAGUUUAGUUUGAGGUCUGGACGUCAUUGCCAGCUUUAAGACUUAAAAAAAACGUAGUGACUGUGAACUUGCGCCAAUAUGAUGACAUUCCCCCACUUUUGAGUUCACGUGCUCGAUUUCUUAACCUGCAUUCCUUAAGCUUCUGUUGAUUAAUGUCUCCAUUUUUAAUGUGUCUCUACAUUUGUCUCCCAACAAUGAGGUGCUCCAAAGUGGAAAGGAUAUAAUUAUCCCAGUGGUGUCUGUUGAUUCAAUUAACAGUGCAUUUUAUAUUGACUAUUGACUUCUUUUUUGAUAUAACUGUGGUUUACAUGGAAAAAAAAAACAAAUCAUCUGCUGAGAAACUUAUUUUUCUAUGCAAGUGCUGUAACUGUACAUAUUGUAGCUGUGUGAUGCUCUAUGAUUAAGAAACAGUCUGGUCUGUUGUGGAAAUGGUCGGUGUCAUUGAGGAUCACAGUGGAAUGAAUCAGGGCUUCCAGAAAUAUUACAUCAAAACACCUCAGAUUGACAAAGAGGAGGCGACGCAUGCUUUACUCUUCCCCAUCCAAGAGGGAAAGUCAAGCAAAGCGAGGGAGUCCUGUAAGUACCUUCAUCGUCAUAUUGCCACAUCCACUGGUCUGCUGAUUACUAUUAGGCGAACUACUAAGCUCACCUCAUUUUAAAAAGAAAAAAAGGGAAACCCCUUUCUAGUCAUUUGUGUCAUAACAAAACAAAACUCAUGUUUGGUCUUAAUUGUUUUCUUACAAAUCUUUCUUUUAAAAGAGGAAAAAUAAAAAAAAAUAUUUAAAUCACA